ACUUCCGGGUCGGGGCGGAACGGGUGGUCGGCGUCCGUUGUGUCACAUGUCGGCUCCGUUCGAGGAGCGGAGCGGGGUGGUUCCCUGCGGGACGCCGUGGGGCCGCUGGUACCAGACCCUGGAGGAGGUGUUCAUCGAGGUGCAGGUGCCGCCGGGCACGCGGGCGAAGGAUGUGAGCUGCAGCCUGCAGAGCCGGCGCGUGGCGCUGUCCGUAUGCGGCCGGGAGGUGCUGCAGGGUAAACUUUUUGACUCUACGAUAGCUGAUGAAGGAACGUGGACUUUAGAAGACCGAAAACUGAUACGAAUUGUUCUGAUGAAGACUAAUCGAGAUGCUGGAAAUUGCUGGACAUCUCUGUUAGAAAAUGAAUACGCUGCUGAUCCUUGGGUACAAGACCAAAUGCAAAGGAAACUUACGCUGGAGCGAUUCCAAAGAGAGAACCCUGGAUUUGACUUCAGCGGGGCAGAAAUUUCUGGAAAUUACAGCAAAGGAGGACCAGACUUCUCUAGCCUUGAAAAAUGAACUGUUUGCAACUGUGUUCCUUGGGAGCAAUCACAAAUUACACUGGAGGACUGGAAUGUAUAACUGGUGAAGACUUCAGUGAUCUAUCCAGCAGAUUGUUGGCAAGUAAUCACUUCAGUGAAGAGAAAGGAGGUCUCUUCUAGUAGAGUGAAGAGGAAGUGUUAGUAGCUACCUUGUAACAUUAACUUUCUAGUAACUUGCUAAUGGUAAAGGAAUUAAGUGCAGAAGAGUGUACACAGAAAAUAACAAAUGGAAGCAGAACAUAUCUUUCACCACAGUGAACUAGUGAGAUAAAUGUGCCACUUGUCUAUGCAAGAAUAUCUUGUUCACUGUUGAAAAUGGACCCUAUAAGCAAGAUACUUAAUGCUUUUAUUUAACAUGCGACAUGGAAGAAUAUCAGGAAGGCUUAUUGAAAUUCUGCUGCAUAGCAGCCCUGUAAGAAUCUGUGAGUGUUAUUUUAAGAGUGUUUUAAAUAAAGAAAACUACUGGAUUUUGCCUGAAAUGAGGUUUUACAAUCCGCUGCACUGCCAAAUAUAAUACUAGUGAGGAAUGCCUGCUACCAGUGAUUGGAGAAAACUGAGAAGUCAGAUAGUCUGGAUAUAAAUAAUUGUGUGAGUGUAAUAUCGUAAUACAUGAAAUUUUCAAGUAAGAGAAUAUAGCAACUUCUGAAAGGAGUAGUAAGUCCCUAAAUAAAAAAAUGAUAUAUUUCAUCUGA